UAGACUCGGGCUCCAGCAGCCAGAGUCACUCCCUCCUGAGCCACAGAAGCAAAUGGAGCUCCUGGGAGCAGCCACUGUUGUCCUCCUGGUUUGCAUUGCUUGCCUGCUCUCCAUCACAGCAUGGAGAGGGAGGUCUGGAAAGGGGAAGAUGCCUCCGGGACCGGCUCCCCUUCCCAUCCUAGGUAACUUGCUGCAGGUGAAACCAAAGGACUUGGCCACAACCCUCCAGAAGCUCAGUGAAGAGUAUGGACCAGUGUUCACAGUGCACCUGGGCUCUGACCCAGUGGUGGUGCUGCACGGACAUGAUGUGGUGAAAGAAGCCUUGGUUGAUCGCGCGGACGAGUUUGCUGCCAGAGGACACAUGCCAAUAGGAGACAGGGCGAACAACGGAUUAGGGAUUAUUUUUAGCAACAACCAGGAGUGGUUACAAGUCCGUCGGUUUGCUCUCAGCACUCUGCGCAACUUUGGAAUGGGGAAGAGGAGCAUUGAAGAGAGGAUCCAGGAGGAAUCUGAGCACUUGCUAGAAGAGAUCAACAAAACAAAGGGAACGCCUUUUGACCCAACCUUCACGCUGAGCUGUGCUGUCUCCAACGUCAUAUGCUCCAUUGUCUUUGGGAGACGAUAUGACUAUAAAGACAAGAAGUUCCUGGCCCUGAUGAAUAACAUGAACAACAUCUUUGAGAUGACGAACUCCUACUGGGGACAGCUCUACCAGAUGUUCUCAAAUAUCCUGGAUUACUUGCCUGGCCCACACAACAAAAUAUUCACAGAAUUUGAUGCUCUAAAAGCCUUUGUGGCAGAGGAGGUGAAGAUACACCAAGCCACCCUAGAUCCCAGCUCCCCUCAGGAUUUCAUUGAUUGCUUCCUCACCAAAAUGCAGGAGGAGAAAGAGCACCCCAAUUCCAGUUUCCACAUGAAGAACCUGAUAACCAGCGCCUUCGACUUGUUCAUUGCUGGGACUGAGACAACUAGCACGACUGUAAGAUAUGGGCUUCUGCUUCUUCUCAAAUACCCAAAGAUACAAGCUUCAUAUUCUGCUCUUCUCCUUGUGUUAUCUCAGGGCACCACAAUCUUUCCUGUCCUCACUUCUGUCCUCCACGACAGUAAAGAGUUUCCAAACCCAAAUGAGUUCAACCCUGGACACUUCUUGAACGAGAACGGCACCUUUAGGAAGAGCGAGUUCUUCAUGCCCUUCUCAGCAGGGAAGCGAAUAUGCCCCGGAGAGAGCCUGGCACGCAUGGAGAUAUUCCUACUCAUGGCCAUCAUCUUGCAGAACUUUACCUUGAAGCCUGUCGUUGACCCCCAGGAACUCAGCAUAACCCCAACACUGAGUGGGACAACCAACGUACCUCCUGCCUACCAGCUCUGUGCUGUCCCCCGCUAAAAAGCACAGAAACUCUUUCCACGGUAUCCUGAGCCUGGCUACUCCUUUUACAUCUCCCUUACUAAAACCAAUGGCAGAAGCAUUGGCGCACCUCCCUAAGGCUUCCAGGAAGACAGCCCAAACACAGGUGCACAGAGUAGGCACCCUCAAAGCCUCCUGGAACUGCUCUACCACAUCCCAGGGAGGCCCUGGGUGACAUUGCAGCCUGUUGCACUGAUGCUCUCUCUGUGGGCUCCUUGAGCGCAGUGGCUGCAUCAAAUAGCUGAUUUUCUCACACACACAGCUCCCAUGGCUGCCCACGACCUGCUUCUCCUGCAGCAUGUGUCCCACCAAGAGCAGCAUGCUUUGCAGAUGGUUAGCGCUGCACGUGUGUACAUUAAUGACCCAAUAAAGAAAAAUCUUUUUAUGAUUA